GGCACGUUAUAGGAUCACUGAUCUCUACUAUAAUAUUAAUAAUAUUGUAUGCAGCCUGCUUGCUUGGCAGGGCUUUUCAUUUUUAGGUUAUUAAUAUUGUAAAAAACAGAUAUUAAUAUUUCUGUUUUCGGUGCACAGAAUGGAUGAGCCUACAUUUCAUGAUUCAAGUGAAGGUGACUUGAGGUGUCCUCUGGAUGAGAGUUUGAAAACAGCAGGUAGUAUGAGUAAGCCACAGGAACAAAGUCUUCAUUCCAAACUUCAGCGUAUGGUUACGGGAAGGAAUGGUAAUGGUUGUUCUUCUGAUAGCAGUAGGCCUAAUCAGUCAUUGGCGAUUUCAAGAAUGGCCCUUAACACAAACAAAGCUGGAAUGGAGGGGCUGGAUAAAGAUAAGAUUGACAGAAUCAUUUUAGAAGCAUCCAAGGGUUCAAGGUUCUAUGAAAAUGAACAAAAGAAAGAAUCUGAUACUAGCCAGCGUUUGGGAAUGAUGAAACAAAAAAUGGAAACGAUUACAGAGAGAGAUAAACUGAGAGCAAUAGAAGUGAUGGACAGACUUACUAACCAGUUAGAGUCUGCAAGAGAUUUAAGCCGUACAAUUGUCCAUCUCGACAUGGAUGCAUUCUAUGCCGCUGUUGAAAUGCGAGAUAAUCCCUCCCUUAAAAAUAUGCCAAUGGCUGUUGGCAGUAUGUCGAUGCUGUGUACAUCAAACUACCUUGCACGUAGGUUUGGUGUACGUGCUGCUAUGCCAGGGUUUAUUGCUAAAAAGUUGUGUCCAGAUCUCAUUCUAGUUCCAUCGAAUUUUGAAAAAUAUCACAAAGCAAGUAAAAAAGUUCAGGACAUUUUAAAAGCUUAUGAUCCAAACUUUUGUCCAAUGAGCUUGGAUGAAGCUUACUUGGAUUUAACUGAACACCUUGCAAAUAGACAGUCACUAACUGAAGAAGAAAGGACGUAUUAUAAACAGGAUCAUAACACCAAGAAGAAAGAAAAUAAUCCGUGCAAUUUAAUUAAUGAAAUGAAGAGGCAUUUUGUUACAUUUGGGUUGACUGAUGUAGAAGCCGUAAAUGAAAUCAGAUUCAGAAUUGAGGCUGAGACUCAAUUGACAGCCAGUGCAGGUAUUGCUCCCAACAUGAUGCUUGCAAAGGUGUGCUCGGAUAAGAAUAAACCAAAUGGGCAAUACAAAAUUGAGCCAACUAAAGAUGCAGUGAUGAACUUUGUUAGAACAUUGCCAAUCAGAAAAGUAAGUGGUAUUGGAAAAGUUACAGAAAGAAUAUUAAAGUCUCUGAACAUUGAAACUUGUGGAGAUCUAUAUGUACAACGAGGGAUUCUUCAUCUUCUUUUCUCUGAGGUAUCAUCGCAUCAAUUCUUGCAAACUUCGUUAGGCUUAGGUUCUACAAUAGUUCAAAGAUCGUCAGAACGAAAAAGUAUAAGUGUAGAAAGAACAUUCAAAGAAUUAUCAAUGCCCUCUGAUCUUUAUCUGAAAUUGAAUGAACUUUGUCAGUCUGUCUCCAAUCAAUUACACAAAGAAGGAUUAAUGGGAAGAACUCUCACAAUUAAAUUGAAAACAGUGAAAUUUGAAGUCAAGUCUAGAUCCACAUCCCUCUCAAGUCCCACCAAUGCAUUGGAAGCAAUUUAUAAAUCUGCCAGUGAGCUACUUCGAGUUGAGAUCAAUUCAUGCCAACAUGAUCCUUUAAAACUGAGGUUAAUGGGUAGGUAUGCUGAAGUUUGUUUGAGUACCAUUUAA